ACUUGAUGUUAUUCUAGUUGAUGGACAUUGGGCCCAGUGGGGUCAUUGGAGCCACUGUUCACAUACCUGCGGACGUUCGAGCAAGACAAGAACAAGGACGUGUUCCAAUCCAAAACCCUCAGGCGGAGGAAAAAACUGUAUCGGCUCAUCUACCUCGAUGAUUCAUUGCACGUACAAAGCUUGUCCAGUCGAUGGUCACUGGGCUUCAUGGGGACCUUGGGAACAUUGCUCUUCCACGUGUGGAUAUGGAGCAAAGAAUCGCAACAGGACAUGUAGCAAUCCUCCACCGUCAGGUGGCGGGAAAACUUGUGCCGGAACGUCUACUGCGACAACAACGUGUAAACUUAAAACAUGCCCCGUUGAUGGGCAUUGGACUUCGUGGGGUCAAUGGGGACAGUGUUCGGUCACGUGUGGAGGAGGAACGAAACUUCGUCACAGAACAUGUACUCAUCCGGCACCCUCGGAUGGAGGAAAGACAUGCAGCGGAUCGUCAUCUUUAGCUGGAAGUUGUUCAACAACAUCUUGUCCUGUUGAUGGUCACUGGCACCAUUGGCAGGCCUGGGGAUCUUGUUCUGUCACGUGUGGUCAUGGAACGAAAACACGUGUAAGAACAUGUACAAGUAUAUUGUUUGGAGGAAAGCCGUGCACCGGAAGUAGCCACAAUUCUACCACCUGUGGAAGCCCUUGCCCAAUUGACGGUCAUUGGGGUGGUUGGGGAGCUUGGGGAACGUGUUCUGUUACGUGCGGGAAUGGAAAAGAAUCGCGAGCACGCACGUGUUCAAAUCCACAACCAGCCUACGGAGGAAAACAAUGCGUUGGUGAAACUUCAGACGCCCGUUCUUGUGGCCAACCAUGUAGAAUUGAUGGACAUUGGUCACAGUGGGGUCGAUGGGGUCACUGUUCAGUGACGUGCGGGACCGGAACCAAGAGUAGAUCAAGGACAUGUUCUCAUCCGAAACCCUCAGGUGGCGGAAAAAGCUGUAGCGGCUCAGAUACUUCCACAACACCUUGCACAUCUACGGCUUGUCCAGUCGAUGGUCAUUGGGCCUCAUGGGGUCAUUGGGGCCAUUGUUCUGUCACUUGUGGAGAUGGAACAAAGGGUCGCAACAGAACGUGUACCAAUCCUUCUCCGUCAGGUGGCGGGAAAACUUGUGCAGGAUCGUCUGCUUCGACAACUGCGUGUAGUUCAAAAGCAUGCCCUGUCGAUGGUCAUUGGGCCUCAUGGGGUCAUUGGGGUCAUUGUUCUGUCACUUGUGGAGAUGGAACAAAGGCUCGCAACAGAACGUGUACCAAUCCUUCUCCGUCAGGUGGCGGGAAAACUUGUGCAGGGUCGUCUGCCACUACAACUACGUGUAGUCCAAAAGCAUGCCCAGUUGAUGGUCACUGGAACCAUUGGCAGGCAUGGGGAUCUUGUUCUGUCACGUGUGGGGCUGGAACGAAAACGCGUGUAAGAUCAUGUUCACGUGUAUUGUAUGGAGGAAAGCCGUGCUCCGGAAGUAGCAGCAAGUCUGCAAGCUGUGGAUCCCCGUGUCCUAUUGAUGGUCAGUGGGGUACCUGGGAGGCCUGGGGAACGUGUUCUGUUACGUGCGGGAGUGGCAAAGAAACACGAGCACGCACGUGCUCGGAUCCGCAACCAGCUCGUGGAGGGAAACAAUGCGUCGGUGAAUCUUCGGAGUCCCGCCAUUGUGGACAGCCAUGUAAAGUCGAUGGUCAGUGGGGAGCUUGGCAAGCAUGGGGAACAUGUUCCGUUACAUGCGGGGACGGAAAAGAAAAACGAACACGCACCUGUUCAAAUCCGCAACCUGCCUACGGAGGAAAACAAUGUGCCGGCGAUGCUACUCAGGCUCGCCAUUGCGGCCAACCAUGCAAAAUUGAUGGUAACUGGAGUACUUGGAAUGCAUGGGGAACGUGCUCGGUUACAUGCGGGGAUGGUAAGGAAACACGGUCCCGCACGUGUUCAAAUCCGCAGCCUGCUUACGGAGGAAAAACCUGCACCGGUGACGCAUCUCAGGACCGCCACUGUGGUAAACCUUGCAUAAUUGACGGACAGUGGACGACAUGGCAAGAGUGGACAAAGUGCUCAAAGAGUUGUGCGUCUGGUACAAGGUCACGUGCUCGAACAUGCACAAAUCCAGCACCUGCAAAUGGGGGCACUGACUGCACGGGAGAUAAAUCUGUCACUGAGAGCUGCAACACUGAUUCAUGCCCACAAUGGUCUCGUUGGUUCCACGACGCAUGCUCAGUGAGUUGCGGAAAUGGUACAACAAUGAGAUUGAGGCACUGUAGUUCCGGGAAAGAUGCCGACUGUGGAAGCGGAAAAGCGUUUGAAAACGUUGCAUGUAGUGAAAAGCCUUGUCCAGUUGAUGGUUCAUGGGGUACAUGGAACAUUUGGAGCCAAUGUACAGCGACUUGUGGAGAAGGCCAACACUCACGCACAAGGUUAUGCAACAACCCAUCUCCACAAAAUGGCGGAGCUGACUGCAGCGGUUCUUCAGACGAGACUGCCGUGUGUAACACACACGAAUGUCCCCACUGGCUGCCGUUCCAAGAAUUGAGCUCAUGCAGUGUCACAUGCGGUAAAGGUUUCAUACAGUUGAAACGAACCUGCAGUACAGGGAUAGAGUCUGACUGUACCGGAAGUGCAUACAAUGAGAAAACAUGUAUUUUAGACGAAUGCAUUUAAAUGCAAAUAUUGUUACCGUCUCAAGAAAUAAACUACGAUGCAUUAUUACAA